GGUAUCUUCUUCUUUCUCUUCGCCGUCCUCGUCAAUCGGACAUCGCACGAGCUCGAGCUCGGAUCCAUUUUGGUAACGCAGGGUUUGCACGAGAUUUGUUUGCAUCGAGUGCGGAAGAGGAGAAGGCAUGGAGGAGGUCGCGAGGCUCGAUAAGGAAUGUUGGAUCUGCGAAACUUGUGGGGUUCAGUUCGCACCGUCUUCCGAUCCACCAGCCGAGUGUCACAUCUGCGUCGACGAACGCCAAUUCGUGCCCAAGGGAGGACAGAGAUGGACCAAACAAGAGCAACUGAAGCAACGAGGAUACCGAAAUAUGUACCAAAAGCAUGAGCAGAAUCUGUAUGGAAUCGCCACCGUCCCCAAAUUCGGCAUAGGCCAACGCGCGUUUCUUCUUCAGACUCCCAAUGGAAAUCUGCUUUGCGACUGUGUGACGUUUUUGGACGAUGCUACCAUCGACAUUAUCAAGGGUUUAGGUGGCCUGCGAGCUAUAGCUAUCUCGCACCCGCAUUUCUACAGUGCUAAUGCACAAUGGAGUGCAGCUUUCGGUAACAUUCCAGUGUACAUGCAUGAAAAAGACAGGAAGUGGGCUGGAUAUGACCACGAGAAUGUGAGCUACUGGAGUGGCGAGACUCUGUCCUUGUGGGAUGGCAUACAGCUCGUCCGCCUCGGUGGUCAUUUCCCCGGUGGCUCUAUCUUGCACUGGCCAUCUGGCGCCGAUGGGAAAGGUGCAGUAAUCUCCGGGGACAUUCUCCAGGUUACUAUGGACAGGAAGGCGGUCAGCGUCAUGCGUUCGUUUCCGAAUUACAUCCCACUGUCUGGAUCUCACUCUCAGAGAAUCUCCAAAAUCAUGGAAACGCUGGAGUAUGAUCGGCUUUACGGAGCAUUCUUCGACCUCGAAAUCGAAACAAAUGCCAAGGCUCUGGUCAGAAAUUCCCUUCAGAGAUACGUCCAUUGGUUACAAAGUGAUGAUACAGACAUAUGAUUUGCUCGCCAGUGGCCUGGACGAGAAAUGAAAGUCGGGUCAAAAUAGCUGUCCACAAAUCACAGGACUUGGCAGUGUCCAUUUUCCCUUCGACCCAAAGAUUGUACCAACUAUGUUGUAGGUCCACAAUCUGGUUACCAUAGUAGGAUAUAAGAGGUAGCCGAGAAUGUAACAGAUCAGGUUCCGUAAUGUAACUUGUACAUUUCAUGGUGUCCUGGUGUCAUGGUGUCCAUUUCAUGUAUAUUAUGU